AAUUUUAACAAUUAGUUUCAAAAUUGUUUUUAUCUCGUUUCAACGAAUAUUAUUUGAGUCGAACGAGGAUAAAAUUUUAUGGAAAUUUCGACGAACGAUCAGUUAAUCUUUUGAGUUCUUGAAUUAAGCAGGCUGUCCUUUUUUUUUUCAUUUUUUUCUUCGUCUUCUUUCCCUACGUCAAAGAAACCUGUUGCACGGCGAUCCGUAGCCGUGAAAUUCACAGGGAAGAAAUGGAAAAAAAAGGGCGAUGUUUUCCGUGACAAUUUCGCAGCUUUCGUUUAAUGCCGUGCAUGUGUGUGUGAAACGUUAAACACGAUAUAUAUAUAUCCAUAAAAUAAGGGGAUCUUCGAUACUUCGUGUUUCAACAAGUGAAUCGAACCUCGUUGUGAUACAAAAGUGUGUAACUUGAGGGUCCACUGCUGCCUGUGAGGGAGUGCAAGGAAUUUUGAAGAAAACUCGAAAGAGCGGAGAAUCGGUACUUACGUCUCUCCUCGAGGACGAAAUUCUAUAAAUUCUCCCGUUUCAACGGGAGGAGAAUAUAUAGAAUCUGUAUCGAGGUAGAAAAGAAGAUGAUUUGGAAGAAAUCGCGCGAGGAAGAGACACGUCCAUCGUAGAUGGAAUCGAUCUCUCCCCUCCCCGAAACGUCGUUCCAUAUAGAAGCUUCAAUCCGUCAAGAUCCAUGGAUCCGUGUCCCGUGGGAUUAUCCCUCGUGGAAGGACGGCCAUUGAAAUCGUAAAUGGUAGCAAGGGGUUAAGAAAAAAAGCAGCCACGGCGCGUGAAGAUUCCAAGAUUAUAAAAUAUAUAUAUAUAUAUAUUUUUGGUUGGGGGAGAGAGGAGAAAAUCGAGCGAGAAGAUACGAAGGAAUGACCUUCUGAAUCGUAGGCAGGAUAAGAGGAUAAAAAGUAAAUCCCUGGUGGAACUUUUUAAGAGAGAGGGCCAUAUUUCCAAGAAGAGGGUUGAAAGUGAUCUUCUCAGAACAAUGUUUCAAGUGUAUGUUUGAAAUGGAAGUAAUGGUCGAUGAAUCGAUCCGUACGUGUAACGAAUCUGGAAAAAGAGACUGAGGGAAAUAUAUAUAUAUAUAUAUAUAUUAUCGUCGAACAAAUUACCUGGAGAAGUGAAUUUCUAAAUUACGCGAGAUUUCGCAAGAUGGUAAUGGCUCUCGGGGAUUUAACAAGAUUAACGGAGGAAUGUAGGUGAAGGGAGAAAAACGUGGCGAACGAUCUUGAAAUAACUCGCAUUUCAUCCCCAUUGAACGAAGGGAGGAAAGUUUCAAUAGUCGAUUUGAUUCGAAUGGAAUGUGAAACAGCGUCGAUUGGUGGCCGUUUCUCGCUCCCUGAGAAACGAAAAGUUGGAAAAGCGAAGCGAGAUGUAAUGAUAAAAGAUGACAGAGAUGGAAGGAUCUUGGGCUACGUGACUCGCAUCUCCGUCCGAGUGCAUCUCCGAUGGAUCGUAAAUUGGAUACGUUCCCGUGUAAAUUUCUCGCGUGCGGAGUACGAUGAAUAACGAUGCCUGAACGGAGUGAUUCGUCACGAAAACAUCGUAAACCACACCCUUAACGAGGAUAAUAAAAGCGUUAGAUCGUAGAAUCGCGAGGGUGAUAGAGAAUUUUUUUUUCAUCCGCUCGAUGAGGCCAGUGUCGAGAACAUCGGGCAGAUAGUUACCGUUGCGUUCCAUCCAUCGUGAUUUAGAAGAGUACUUGCAGAGACCGAUCAUCAUCAUCAUCAUCUUGUUUGUUAAAUGAAUCUCCCUCAGUGCGAUGCCGUUCAUUUAUUUUUCUUUAAAUAACGAAAGCAACGCGUCAAUUUAUCCCUCCUAAUCUUUAACCAUGGUCAACAUGGUCGAAGAUCAACACACUCGUUCUAAUAUUCACACCCUCGAAGAGUAAGAGUAAUCAGGGGAGGAAGGAAUGGAUAGAAGGAUAGAAGAGAAAUAGGGAAGGAGAAAGGUAUCGAAUCCAGCAAGGAUGCGGCGUUCCCCCGAGAUGCGAUGCCUCGCCACGUACAUUACGAGGACACCCGCCGCUUGAACGCAACCCUUCUUCACCUGAGCCAUCUGAUUCGCCGUAUAUCAACCAUGAAUCGUUUGAACACCAGCAUAUGGAACAGCUUGAACAUCACGGACGAGGAUAUCGAUUACGUGAACAAGUUCAUGGAUAAUCUAUCGAUCUCGUGCAACGAAAAUUGCGAGCAACAGAUCGAUUGUUACUGCAACGGGACCGUUCGGGAUCUGGCGAUCGAGUACAAGAAUUAUCACGGUUACGUUGCGUUGAUGGUGUGUUUGUUCGGCACGUUGGCCAACAUGCUGAACAUAGUCGUGUUGACGAGGAAAGACAUGGUGGCAACCCCCAUAAACCGAAUUCUCACCGGUCUCGCGACCGCCGACAUGCUCGUCAUGCUUGAAUACAUACCGUUCGCUAUUUACAUGUACAUCGUUCUACCAAAGAGGCAGAUAUUUCCUUACGGGUGGGCGGUGUUCGUCCUCUUCCACAUGCAUUUCACACAAUUGCUCCAUACCAUCAGCAUCGCCAUCACGCUCACCCUCGCCGUUUGGAGGUACAUCGCUAUUAGAUUUCCACAGUACAAUACUUGGUGUACCGCAGCUCGAUGCAAAAUGGCCCUAUGGAGCAGCUUUUUAGCGCCGUUUAUCGCCUGUGCUCCUAGUUAUCUCGUGUUCGGAAUAAGAAAGCAAACUGUAAAUGAAAAUGGCAUCCUGGAAAUCGCUUACAUAGUGGAUGCCGACUACUCCCAGCACAAGGACUUUUUCUACCAAUUGAAUUUCUGGAUACUGGGGGUGGUGGUGAAACUUUUACCCUGCGUCAUUCUCACCGUUAUUAGCUGUUGGUUGAUAAAAGCUCUUUACAGAGCGAAAGGGAGGAAGCAGGCUUUGAAGAGUUACAACCAGUGCAAGAAUAUCUCUGUAAUGGGUAACGGUUUGAUCCCGAAAAGGCCGAGCAAAUCCGAGAGGAGAGCGGAUAGGACGACUAAGAUGCUCGUCGCCGUGUUACUCUUGUUCCUGGUCACGGAGAUACCUCAGGGUAUACUGGGCCUUCUAUCCGGUGUUCUGGGCGAUUGCUUCUUCCGUAAUUGCUACCAUAAUUUCGGCGAGGUGAUGGACAUCCUCGCCCUGUUAAACGGCGCCAUCAAUUUCAUCCUCUAUUGCUCCAUGUCCAGGCAAUUUCGCACAACUUUCGGCCAGCUGUUCAAACCUAGGAUCAUGAAGAAAUGGCAACCCGCCACGCAACAAACGGACGUGCAAAGCACUUACGUAUGAUGCAGGCUGAAAGGUCUAGAGACCACGCGUCUUUAGAGAGAGAUUAAGAGAUUGGUGUUCACAUCUCUCUCUUGAUAUAAUUUCUAAUCUUAUCCUUUUGGAAAUUGGCGUUCCACGGUAGCGUAAUAGAGAAUGAUGGAAAAUGUAAAUCUGCAUCGCACGCAAUAAGGGUGGAGUAUAAAUUUCUCUUCGCGUGAUCCACCUCGAGUGGUGUUCAUAAUAUAAGUACAUUUUUUGAUAUCUCACCUCUAAGAGGAAGAAUUGAUUGAUUUCCUGUUUUGAACUCCACCUUCAUAUCGUCACGUAAUUUUUACAAAUGCGUAAAGAAGGAUAAUAACGAAAAAUAUCGAAUUAUCAUCGAUCUUCUUUCUUUUUUCAUUUCAUGUUUUUAUCAAAGAAACGAUAUGGUUCUUGAUAGGCAAACGUGAAACGGGACUUCUAAUGACGCAACGAAUAAUAGAGUUUGCUCUAUCAAAAAAACGAAUGCUUAAAGUUUGAACCCUUCCUUCGAGAAUCUCACAAUCGAUUGAACUUUCCUUCAAGUCCCGAGCUAUUAGCUGGGCUGACAGGUUUGUUAAAAAAGAUAAACUCGAUCCGUUGCUCGAAGUUUAAUCGAAAAUUUUGUAGCGUCGAUAUUGGAAUUAUUAUUUUUCGAUAUUUUUCUUCUUUGUAUCAUCAAAAAUAAUAGCGUUAAUAUUGCGGGGAACGAUGUUAACGAAUGUUAAUUAUUAAAAUUAAUAUUAAUGAUAUCGAUACAAUAAUCGUUAAGGGAGAAAACGAAAUAGAGGGCAAAUAUGAAGAGUAAAUGCACGACGAGAUUUAUCAAUAUUUAUUUCUCUUUUGUUUUAUCAUUCUUGUCAAUAAUAUUCGUGCAAUUUAUUAAUACACACUAUUGCGUGACGUGUAUUUUCGUGUAAAUUUAGAUAUCGCCGAGAUUACAUAAGCUCAUUUGUAAAACAAAUAUUACGUUGGAGAGCUUCGUUCGAUAAAUCAUCAACAUCGUAUGAUGGGAAAAGGAAACGAUGUUGCGUUAAUUAAUUAAUUAAUGGACAACGAAUCAUUACAGAGUUGCAUAUAUACAUAUGCAAGUAAGAUGUACACCUAUGUUCAAAUAUAUAUUAAGUAAGUAAGUAUAAUUAUUCGUAAAUAUAAUAUUAAUGUUAAGGCCGUAAUUAUUUCUAUAGAGUUGUAAAUGAAACAUGAAAUUUGUAAAUAUCGUCAUCGAGAAAAGUUGCAGUGAUAAUUGUUUCUUCUCGUAUGAUUCUUUUUGUACGAGAAACAGAGGACCGAUGGAUUUUUAGCUAUUGAGCCCGGCUGAAAAUCUAUCCUUCCUAUCGUUUGUAAACGAGAAAUUAUUUAUAGAUUAUGAAUAAAUAAAUUUCUGUAUUAA